UCACGAACACAAAGCAUGUCACAAGCUUUGUUGGUCUGCCAACCCAACUUCAGUAGAGCUUGCAGGGAAGAAGAAAGAACUGCACGAUACGUGACUCUACCCUAAAGCCUUUAUAUUUACAAGCAAGCACGCUGCGACAAUCCCACUCCAUUCCCACCAGAUCUUGAUUUUCUUCCAUUUUCCAUGGGAAUUUUGGUUCCCGGUCUCUUGAAGAACGGGGCAAUCGUGGAUAUGUAAAUUCUACUCUGGAAAAACUUUUGGGGUCUAGUUGAGAGAUGAAGGAAUGGAAAAGGCUAUGCUGCUUGAAUUGGCGUUCCGGCGAUUUGCGAGUUUCAAUUUCUGCAAUGGCGUUCGAUCGAUCCCAGAAAGAGGCGAUUUUUAGUUUUUAACUCCUAGAGGGACAAAAUGCCGCCAUUUGGUAAUACCUAAGACGAGGGCUUGAAAAUGGCUGACACAAGCUCAGUUGGACCAAUUUUGGACUUCCUAAGGAGGAAUCGCUUCACAAAAGCUGAGGCAGCUCUUCGCAGUGAACUCCAUAAUCGUCAUGACUUAAAUGGCUUCCUUGAGAAGCUUACCCUGGAAGAAAAAGCCUCACAUAAGUCAGAAAAUGACAAGGGGAAACCCGCGGUAGAUCAAGGACUGGAUUUUUAUGACAAAGUGGAAGUUUCUAAAGAAUUGAUUGUGAAGGAAAUAGAGUGCAGGACUGGUGGAAAUGCAACAGAAAGCAAAUGUAAAAGUACUUAUAUUGGGGAGAGGAAAAAAUCUAAUGAAGUAGUUGGGGCAAGUGACAAAUACUUCGCUUUCCCCAGAAGUUCAGAGGAUAGGAUGCUUGAUCUGUACUCUAGUAAGUCAAAUUCUGGCAAUGGUUCUUUGGAGCCUUACCAAAAUGGCAGUAGUAUUGCCAACAAUACUUCAAAGGCCCUGGUUUCUCAGCGAAUAAAACAUGAAACAAGUGAAGCUCAUGAUAUGGCCCUCAAUCAUGCAAAAUCUGGAGACGAAAGUGCUGUGACUACUGAGAAACAAUUCUCAUGGCCUGGAAGUAAUAGUAGAGCCUCUGUAGAACAAAGAUAUGGUGGCAUGCAAAUCAAUGAACCUAGGGAACAUGAUUACCAAGUGAAAUUGAAAAACUCAUCUUUUAAAGAUAACUUUGCAGAUAAUUUCUGGUCAAGAAAGGAUGAGAAUGAGAUUUCAUCUUCAGACCUGCUGAGUGAUUGUUCUGUCAAGGCCGUUUUCCCCUUCUCCAAGGGAGAGAUAUCUAAAAGACGUGAUGAUGUAACUUUCUCUGAAAGAAUAGAGGGAAAAAGGACAGAAAUAAUUGGUAUCAGCGCAGCAGCAAAAAGGCAGGUGGAUGAAGUUGGGAGAGCGAUUUAUGUAGUUAAUUCACAAGGCAGCUCUGAACAGAGGACUCUUGGCAGCUUAAAUUUUCCUGUUUUUCCUGAGAAUCAGAAGGAGGAGUUACCGAGACUUGCUCCUGUUAAACUCAAGUCAGAGGAGAAGCUCUUGGCUGUUAAUUGGGAGGAGAAAUUUGAGCAGGAUGAACCUUCUUCAAAAGUUCCUGUUGUUGACAGCAAUUUACUUAUGGGAUCAUAUGUUGAUGUGCCUGUUGGACAAGAAAUUAACCUUGCAGGAAUGAGAAGAGCUGCAGGGGGCAGUUGGCUAUUUGUAAAUCAGGGGAUUAUAGAGGAUACAUCUGAUCUUGUAUCUAGUUUUGCCACAGUUGGUGGUGGGUUGGGUGAAUCUGUUGACUAUUCCAAUGAGUACUGGGACUCUGAUGAAUAUGACGAUGACGAUGAUGUUGGCUACAUGAGACAACCUAUUGAGGAUGAAGCCUGGUUUUUGGCACAUGAGAUUGAUUAUCCGAGUGACAAUGAAAAGGCAACUGGGCAUGAAAGUGUUCCAGAUCCUCAGGACAGAGGUCCAGUCAAAGAUGAAGAUGAUGGUCAAUCUUUUGGUGAAGAUUCUUACUUCUGUGGAGAGCAGCGUGCUCAACUAAAGAAUGUUGAACCAGUCAUAAUGUCAGAUGAUUCAAUUGGUUUGAUGAUAACUGAAAUGCACGGAAACACUAAAAAGAAUGGAUUAAUGGUUCAAUAUGAUGGACAAUUGAUGGAUGAAGAGCUGAAUCUAAUGCAUGCAAAACCUGUCUGGCAGGGCUUUGUCCCUCAGACAAAUGAAUUGAUCUUGCUAGGAGGUGGGCAGGCUCUGAAUAACAGGGAAAGAUCACAACUUCUGGACAUACGCAUUGAUAAUGUUCAGCAUGGUUCAGUAAGGUCAAUUGGGGUGGGGAUCAACAGUGAUGCUGCAGAUAUUGGCAAUGAAGUGCGUGAAAGUUUUGUUGGUGGUAGCAGUGAAGGGAAUUUUGGUCAUCUCUGUGAUUGUGACGUAGGACAUGGUUGUUCCAGACACUCUCAGCAUGAUUUAGAUAAAAAGUCCUCUAAUAAAUUGAACAAAAAUAAGAAGAAAAAUGGCAAGAGUGAGUUAAAUAAGUAUGUCACUGGGGAUGAUGAAGGUGUAGUCUUGCAGACUAAUGCUCAUUCUGAUGUAAGCUUCUCAUUAACCCAGUCACUGAACAAUGGCCAGAUGAUCCAGGCUGGUUCCAGUAAGCCACUAUGGUCCAAUAACUGCCAUGCUGGUGAAAAUGAUGACUGUCUUAAUGCAUUUGUGAGAUCUGAUGACAUGCUUACUUCUUGGAAGAAGAAAAGUAGUGAUUCUUCAUCCAUUAAAAGUUCAAGGGAUGAGAGUAAUGGUAAUGAAGUAAGAUCCACUAACUCUUCUCCAACAGCAGUCUCAAGUUGUGGAUAUACUGAAAGAGCACAGGUAAGGCUAGAAGAAGAUGAACAAGCUGACAUUGCAGGGGAAGAAGACUUGGGGACAUUGCUGGAAGAUGAAGAUGCUGCUGCUGUUCAAGAGCAAUUACGGCAAAUAGAGGCCCAGGAAGAGGAGUUUGAAACCUUCAAUUUAAAGAUUGUGCAUAGGAAAAACAGAACUGGCUUUGAGGAGGACAAGAAUUUCCAUGUUGUUUUAAAUUCUGUGAUAGCGGGGCGCUAUCAUGUUACUGAGUAUCUGGGAUCUGCUGCAUUCAGCAAAGCCAUACAAGCUCAUGACCUGCAUACAGGCAUGGAUGUUUGUGUUAAAAUAAUAAAGAACAACAAGGACUUCUUUGACCAAAGCCUUGACGAGAUUAAGCUUCUCAAGUAUGUCAAUAAACAUGAUCCUGCAGACAAGUAUCACAUUCUUCGAUUGUAUGAUUAUUUCUAUUAUCGAGAACAUUUGCUAAUAGUGUGUGAACUGCUUAAAGCCAACUUAUAUGAGUUUCACAAAUUUAAUAGAGAAUCAGGGGGCGAAGUAUACUUCACAAUGCCAAGAUUGCAGUCAAUCACAAUUCAGUGUUUGGAAGCACUGCAGUUUUUGCACAGCCUUGGACUUAUACAUUGUGACCUGAAGCCAGAGAAUAUUUUGGUGAAAAGCUAUAGUAGAUGUGAGGUGAAGGUCAUUGAUCUUGGGAGUAGUUGUUAUGAGACUGAUCACCUUUGCUCAUAUGUCCAGUCCAGGUCCUAUCGUGCUCCUGAGGUUAUAUUGGGACUUCCAUAUGACAAGAAGAUUGAUAUCUGGUCACUUGGCUGCAUUUUAGCUGAACUUUGUACUGGUAAUGUCCUCUUUCAAAAUGAUUCACCUGCAACAUUACUUGCUCGGGUGAUCGGCAUCAUCGGUCCAAUUGAUCAAAAUAUUCUUGCAAAAGGAAGGGAUACAUCCAAGUACUUCACCAAAAAUCAUAUGCUUUAUGAACGGAAUCAGGAAACCAACAGGUUAGAAUACCUGAUUCCCAAAAAGACAUCUUUGAGGCAUAGGCUGCCAAUGGGGGACCAAGGCUUCGUUGACUUUGUUGCUUAUUUGCUUGUGGUUGACCCAAAUAAGCGACCUUCUGCUGCUGAGGCCCUUAAACACCCAUGGUUAUCAUACCCUUACGAGCCCAUAUCAUCUUGAUGCAUUUGACCUGUAAAUUGGAGUUGGGUUCUCAUUGAGGGAAGGGUCAUUACUUUACCCAUACACCCUGGCUGCUUUUCAUGAUCUAUUAUUUUAAAGAUGAUAUGGAAAGAAGCACUUCCAUAUUCAUAAUGGCAUCAAAGGCGUGUUUGUUUCUAUGGGCAGUACCUGUCUUUUCCUUGCUCUUACUAGCACGCAUUCCAAACUACCGUGAUUUAGAAUGUAAUUUUACAUGUUUGAUGUAAUGCUAGGGUUUUCCUUUGUUUUGGCGGUUCGUGUCAAAUCUUCUUGUCCUCCACAUGGGAUUAUUCUUUUAGGCUAUUUAGUAAUAUGUUGUGGAGCUUCUGUCCCUUUUUUCAUUGGGUGUGUGACAAGUGACAACCACCUGCUGCACAAAUCAAGAUUGAAGUAGAGCCACCGAGCUGGUGACUGAACCGCCGCCUUUCCUUUUUUAGUUGGAAGCAACCUGAUUGUAUUUUGAUGGUGUGAAGGAAGCUUCCUGUGGCUUACUUAAGGUACUGGGGAUUUGGUAACAGUCUGGUAAAUGGAUUCUACUGAGAGAGGUGGACUAAGGAAAGCAUUUCCCCAAUGGUUGUGUUACAUUAUAUUUGUAGUCA